AUGGCGAUCUGCGACACCUGCAACCUCAAGCUGGCGGACUGCGCGGGCCACUUUGGCUACAUCACCCUGGAGCUGCCCGUCUUCCACAUCGGCUACUUCAAGAACACGCUCAACGUGCUGCAGUGCAUCUGCAAGACGUGCUCGCGGCUGCUGCUGCCGGACUCCGAGAAGCGGAAGUGGAGCCGCAAGUUCCGCAACCCGCGGCUGGAGCGCGUGCCGCGGGAGCAGAUGUUCCGCAAGGUCAACGACAUCUGCAAGCGCCAGCGCAUCUGCCCCCACUGCGGCGCAUACAACGGCGUUGUCAAGUGGGUGCCCGCGGCCCCCGCCAGCCGCGCGCCUUGUGCCCUCGCGAGCCAGCCGCGUUGA